GCCUUGCACAUGUGACCGUGAUGUACUAGCGGGAGACGGAUCGGAUGUCGAGAUUGAAUGGUGAUGCUUUUACAGAUCUCGGAAGCGGCGAUCGGGAAAGAAAGGUUGCAGGUCAGCGAAUGGCAGGACGUAUAAAGGAGGAUUCCUCGCUGUCAUCGAUCGAUACCCUUCACCGAGUCCAAGAGGCGCGAUAGUUCAUACGAUACACUUUGAUCAUCAUACGACACUUGGAAUCUCCAUCACCAAGAUACCCUAGCAUACACUCAAACACCAGACAACCUCUUACCAUGAACACCCUCCGACCCCUACCCACCACCUUCCUCCGAACAGGCCUCCGCCUCCGAACCCGAUCGACCGCCACCUCACUUUCCGCUUGUCGCCACCCUAUGUCCUGUACCCUUGCAAGGACGAUGACGACCAGAUCCUUCACUCAAACUCAAACUCCCAUCGCAACUAUAUUUUCGGGUCGAGCUUUACACGCCUCAGCGGAGCUAGGCGAGAGGGUAGAAAACUCCACAGCUCUGUUAGAACGGACUAAAUUGCAAGAAGAGAAAAAGAUCGAAGAAGGUCUGGAUAGUUCUAAGCCUAUCGGUGGGAAGGGUAGCGAGGGGAUACAUUUCAAGCAAACGGACAGCCUCUUGGCGGCGGUCCAUGAUCUACAAGAUCCGUCGAGGACCGGACCUUGGACGAUCAGUCAUCCCGUCUACACUCCCGAGGAACUACGAUCAGUCAAGGUCGUUCGAAGGGCAACCGUCACGCUCUCAGACAAGCUCGCUGCAGGUCUCGUCAAGCUAUCCCGAACAUGUUACGACGCCCUAACAGGCUAUUCCUUCCGACACCGCCCCAUCCCCACAUCCGGCCCCCCUUUAUCCUUGGACCAACUACGUAAGGGGAACCACGUGAUGACCCCCGAACAAUGGUUAGCCCGUUGUCUUUUCCUGGAAUCGAUCGCUGGGGUUCCGGGGAUGGUGGCGGGGAUGUUGAGGCAUUUGAGGAGUUUGAGGUUGAUGAGACGGGAUGGAGGGUGGAUCAACACGUUGAUGGCUGAAGCGGAGAACGAACGGAUGCACCUCUUGACCUUCAUGACGAUCAAACAACCCUCAAUCUUCUUCCGAGCCAUGAUCCUCGGCGCCCAAGGCGUAUUCUUCAACCUCUUCUUCCUCGCCUACAUGGUCAGCCCGAAAUCCGCACACCGGUUCGUAGGGUACUUGGAAGAAGAAGCUUGUUUGACCUAUACGCUGUGUUUGGAGGAGAUGGACAAGGGGAGGUUGCCCGAGUGGAAAGAGAUGCCUGCACCUGCGAUCGCCAUGGACUACUGGAGACUGCCAGAAGGAUCGACGAUGCAAGAUGUCAUCUACUCGAUCCGGGCGGACGAGAGCGCUCAUCGGUUCGUCAACCAUUCGUAUGCCAGCCUGGACCAGAAAAAGGACUUUAGUCCGUUCGCUCUGAAAGAACCCUCAGCGGUCUUGAAGGGUACCAAACCGGGUUUCACUAGGGAAGAGGCCGCCGAGUUUGUCCGUCAGGCGCACCGGGAAGCCGCUUGAGAUCGCUGUUUCCUUCUUUGAUCCUAUGCAUAUACGUCCUUUCUCUUGUCUGCUGAAUGGUUGAGUGGAUGAUACACUGUAUUUCUAUAUU